CUCAGGUUUUUUGCUCUGAGCUCUUUGAGGUUGCUUUUUCUGCUGGCAUCAGGUCUGGCUCUGGCUGUUUGUGUCGACACUUGGAGGAAUAAGAUCUGGCCUAAGAUCAGAGUUAAAAAGCAAGAUGAGAGUGAGAAUGAAAGCUGGGGUCUAAUGCAGCCUGGGACUUUGAGUGUGCCUGAAUUAUGCCACCACCUGGCUGAAGUUUGGGUUACGGGCUCUUCCUGUGCAACAGAUAUUGUGCAGUUCAAACGGAAAAAUCCAGGCAAGUUUUGUAUGCUGGUUUGUGGCCUGUUCACCUCAGUGGCCAUGGUGGGGAGCUACAUCCCUGGACUGGUGCUGUCAUACAUGGCUUUGCUGGGUGUGUUGCUGUGCCCAUUGGCGCUGUAUUAUCGGCUGUGGCAGCGUGCAUGUGUGAAGCUGGAGCCGGCCCUGCAGUGGCUGGACUUCAGCGCCAAAGGAUAUAUGUUGUCAAAGCCUAUAGACAACCAGUUUCUUCGUAAGCCCAUCAGAAGCGGGACCUCGGAUGAUGCAAGUGACAGCGAAGAAGAACUGGCUGCAUUCUGCCCAACGUUUGAUGAAGCAGCAGUUGCUAAGGAACUGGCAAUGACUGACUCCGAGCACUCGGAUGCUGAGGUGUCGUACAUGGAUAACGGCACCUUUAACCUCUCCAGGGGUCAAACACCCCUCACAGAGGGCUCAGAGGAUCUAGACAGACACAGUGAUCCAGAAGAAUCAUUUGCCUGUGGGCUUCCAGACUUCCCCUCCAUCAACCCAGAUGCCACUCUGAUGGAGGACGAUGAUGAUGCCAGCAUCGGGCUGCCCAGUCUCAACUCAGCCGCGCUCUCUGGCCCUCGCGGCUCUACAUCCGCCCUGCUGGACCUGGACACCCAGAUGGACUCUGAUCAGGAAGAUUUCGACCCUGAGAUCUCCCUCGGCUCCCUAAAUACUACCUCUGACCUCACUAGUAACCUGGCAGGGGUCAUCGCCAGCAACAUGAUCCAGGCAGCCAUCGCAGGAGCCAUGCAGCCCCGCCCACCGCAAGGCCCUCGGAGAGAGAGCGGCCCACGGGCAGGAGCCGCUCCGAGGGGAUACAGGAAGCAGUCGAGCUCGGAGUUAGACACAGACCUGGACUUUGAUGGCGAGGACUUUGAGAUGUUGGAUCAGUCCGAGCUGAACCAGUUGGAUCCAUUUGGAGGGGGGCAGGGGGGCCAAAACAGAACCCAGGGAUCCAAUUUCCUGUCCAACUUGCUGGGGAAGCCACAGUGAGCCCAUCUUACAGAUACUCCCUCCGUCUGUCUGCUCCUCAUGUCCCUCGCACCUUGAUCCGAGUAGAAGUUUGCAGUGUUGGUUUGAAUGUCUACUGAGAUGCUUUCGAUUUAUCUGAGUGAGUGCGACGGAGAGAGAGGGUGUUUUGUUUUGCACUGUUAAUGUAAUAUUAGAUUCACUUGCCAGGUUUCCUCCACUGGCUGCAGUUGAUAUCACUGUGAAGUAAUCUUGUUUGUAGUCUGAAUCUUCUCUGUUUAUGCUCCGUGAGCUUCCGUGUCCUCUCUCAUUCGUGUGUGAAAUACUCCGAUUUACUUUGUAGGCUAAGCAAUAGGACACCAAUCAUAGAACCAUUUAAAAAGAUCCAAAAUCUCUAAAACUUCUUAGAAACCAGCAAAACAAACACCAGAUCUUUUUACUACAUCCAAGUCUUAUAGAUCUUUCACAUCAGUCGCUGUAUUGUUUGUGUCUUCAAUAAUAACACAUGGGACCAAAUCAGACAUUCCAUCAUCAAUGCAAAGUCAAGACCCUUAGGUUAUACAUAUAUGAAGACGCCUGUAGUAAAGAAAUCUACAGUCAAGACAUCGCUGAGCAGAGGAGUCUGAUGAAGUAGCAGUGACAUAUUAAGGCCGCAGCCUCAUCUCUUGUUUUUUUAAAGUGGUAGUUCACCCAAAAAUCUCAAUUCUGUCAUCGUUUACUCGCGCUCA